CCCCACACGCCUGCAGUUAGCCGUCAUGCUGCGCCGUCUCCUUUGCCUCAUCGGCGUCUUCUCGCUCCUCGUCAGGACGGGCUCGGCGUCGUCCUGCGACAUCCGCCUCUGGGUGCGGGCCGACGAUCUGCAUGCCGGUGCGCUGACUGAGGGCGACGUGCGCCUCGUCAACAACCUGACGUCCGCGGGACAUGAAGACUGCCGGAUUGCAUCGUGGACCCUCGGUCUGCGCCACCGUGAGCGGGCUGCGCUCAAGUACCCGCUUCGUCAUGCCAAGCUGCCAGCCAAGCCAACGUACAAGUCCCGCCCGCGCGUGCAGCAGCCUGCAGGUCUCGUCGAGACAUUCAUUGAUGCACGAGAAGAGGAGGAGCGCAAAUACCACGGGAAGCUUGAGGACUACGCAAACGCCAUGCGCAACAGCGAAACGUGGGCCAUCAUCGACGAGGAGCGCAUCAUGUUUGACAUUACUGCCGACAUGGGAUCUGUCGAGGAGGAGAGCGCAGGCUUCCAGGUAGUUGAUGAGGCCCCAUUUACGGUCAUCGUCCCGCCUGUCAUCCUUCCAUUCAAGGUGCAACAUGCCGGCAACAAAUACCAAGAAACCAAGACAAACGUCUUCUAUACCCACGAGUUCGAUCUGGCGUAUUAUGGUCUAGUACGACUCGUCAAUGGCACAGAAAUUGAUGUUCCGGGAGGCGAGACGGCCUUUGUGCCACCGCCUAGCGAAAGGAGCUCGACAGAACGUACCGAGACCUUAGUCUUCAACGUGACGGCAAGACCCAAACAAGACCAGGAACCAGUCGGCUUCAUUCUCGAUACAGGAGUCGUUGUUGGAGACCGAUAUCUGGGAGAUAUGAAAGUAGAUGACCUCGCUGUCAACGUGACGUUUCAGGAUAUCCCAGAGCUGGUGCAAGGCAGAGAUCACAAGAUCCACGGGCACAUUACCAAAGGCAACGAAGAAUUCGAGAUGCAGUGGGUCGACGUGAAGCUGAGGAUGCGCAUGGAGAAUAAGUGGGUGAGCGACCAUCUGCUGAGCGUGGGAAGAGGAGAGCUGGAGAGGACGCUCGCAGCAAUCUCUUCAGCCCCCAGAUCUCCCCCCUUCAGGCAAGAAUGGCCGACCUUGGUCACACCAGCGGCAAAGUACGUCUCCGACGCGAUGGACACCACCACGAGCUGCUGUCUUUCCAGUGACCGCAUGCGUCGUCGUGACCCAUUUUCUCCGGGUGUGCCGAACAUUGACGAGACAGGCGGAUUCGCAGUCUGGGUGAAUGUGUCAGACCUGGAUCCACCCACGAAACAACCCUCUGCGUACGAGGUGGCCAAAGCCGAACUCGUGGUCAAGCUUGCUGUGUCUCCACGAUCGGCACAAAAUAUCAAGCAAAAAGAGACGGGCGAUGGUUGCGAGGGAGAGCCGAGCCCAGGCGCGCAAACGCGCUCCGAGGCGAUACACGCCAUCAACAAGCAGUCCUGGUCCAGUCAGCCAUGGAGCGGCUGCCGUCUUCGGCAGAACCGCACGGCAUCCAGUACAGCCCCUCGGCUAGUGCCGCGAGUCACGAUUCUCGAACUCGUCAUUGCAGACGUCGACAUCCAUCAACGACGCUGGGAAAGGCUUGGACGGACACCUCCCCAGCAGGUCACUUGCGACGAGAGUCUUCUGCUACCUUUCACUUCCCCCGAAGCACGCGCGCCGUCUCUUCUCGCCGGCAAGCCGAGGGAGGAGGACCGACGGAGGGCGUGUCAGGACGCAGAUUCACUCGAGCUCCUUAGUAGCCUCACCAAGUUCCAUUCGCUGCGCAACAAUAUCGACGACCAGCGCAACGCCUCGCUUGAGUUCGUCCGGGCACGCUACAAUCUUGUCCUUGGCCCCGUUGCUGAUCUCAUGCGGCUUCCGCGUCCUGGAUCUGCCAGCGUGGGCAAGCUCUGGGCUCACACGGUCAUCAUGCCUCUCCUCAAGGAGCGUGGGUAGUCUGCUGGAUGGCACUGUAUGUUACCCGCUGGUUUGGUUCCGAGCACGAGCAUAGUUUUUGAGAUCUGUAUGUACACGUAUCCUACAUUUGGAGAGGAAUGGAAGAGGCGCCGAGAUAUGC